AUGGAAAAACUACCGCUUAUACCGGGCUAUACAUUUCAGGAUCCAAAUGUAAGUCAGAAAAACUAUUCAACUUAAUUGUUAUAACUAUUAUAUUUAAACCAAUAAAAUUAAGAAAGAAUGUAUCUUUUUUUAAAGGUCAACGACUACAAGUUAUUACAGAAAUUUCAUUUUUUAAAUGGUUAUCGUGUAUUACGUGAUAGUCACAGUGGUAUUGGAGGACGACCAAUAGAUCUAGCAUCUAGUGCAUAUGUAAAAGAAGAGGAUUCUGUACAUUAUGAUUCAUCAUUAACAUAUGGACGUGUAAAGGAGUAUGCAUAUCGACAAUUUAUUCCACAUUAUGUGCUAUUUGCGCAAAAAUGUCUUUGUUUUAAAGCAUUUUUUCGUCAAGGAGUUUUUAACUCUCCGGAUGAACAUUUUCGUAUACGUUACGUUAAUAUAAUAUAUUAUUUGGAGGAUAAUACUGUAUGCGUAAUUGAACCUACAAUUGAUAAUGCCGGCUUUCAGCAAGGAAAGCUUGUUAGACGUAUUUACGGUGUAGUUUAUCAUAUUAUCGAUUGUGAUUUAUUUACCAGAGAGUAUUUAAAUAGCCAGGGUAUAGAUGUUGGAGAUAAAGAAGAACCUCCUAUAGAUCCUUAUACAGAAUUAAGAACAAACAAGCAAAGAACAUCAAUUUGCGUUACAAAAAUUCCAGACGAUGUUAGACGACGAUUUCUAGAAUAUGAUAAAAUGGUAUUAUUGUUUACUGCAACUUGGAACAACGACAUUUAUCGGAUUAUGUAUUUCUUAACGGACGAUACGAUAGCCAUUCGUGAAGUACAAAAACCUAAUAGUGGGAAAGAUCCAGUACCAAUGCUAUUAAAAAGAAUGAAAGUGCCAAAGGACUGGAAAAAUUUACCAUCAACUUAUCCUGCUGCAUAUAUGGAAUAUGGUGAUCCAGAGAUUGUUGAAUACUAUACACCAAAAGAUUUUUUAAUAGGUGAUACAAUUUUUAUAUUUGGUCGACAAUUCUUUUUGCAUGAUAGUGAUUCUUUCACACGAAAAUAUUAUUCAGACAUGUUAGGAAUAACGCAACCGGAAAGAAUUCCUCUUCCAACAAAAGAUGUUGUAACGGCACCGGAAUAUAAACUACCACCGCAUAUAAUUUUUGGUACACCUGAAGAUACUUACGUUUCUUGUCUGUCAUUUAUGCCGAAACGACCUAAGAAAGAUGUCGUUCGACAGCUUCUUAAUUUCCCUAAAAAAUUACGUUAUUCUAUGAAAAUGGAUGUGGUACAUCCAGAGGAUGAAAACCGCGAUUUCAUUUUAGAAUAUAAUUUAAGCGAUGGUACGAUACUCGUACAAGAACUUGAAAAACGUAAUUCAGGACGUCGCGAGGGUUGCUUCCUAAAGGCAACACUGGUUGCGAAACCAAAAACUGGAAGAGAUAAUUCAGAAUAUUAUACUCCUCAAGAUUUUUAUAUCGGUGCAAAAAUUAAUAUUUUUAAUCAUUAUUUCAUCAUAACUGGCGCUGACCUCUUUGUAUAUCGUUACAUUGAGGCAAAUCCUGAAAAGUUUCCACAAGAAGUGCGGAAUAAUAUUCGCAAUUAUCUAGUUAAACAGAAUUUGCUUUUCGAUGAUAUAAUGGUAGAAACGAAAAAAAUACAGGAUAGAGAAGAGACAAAAUUACAGUCGUUAGAACCUGAUGAAGCGACUGUUGAAAAAAAUAUUGAUAUGAAACAAUGUGUAAGAGAUUUUGAAGCUCAAGCUAAAUGUAGAUAUGAGGGAGAACACGGUGAAUUACGACCACGUACCCCACCACCAGAAGAGCUUUGUCGAGAUUUAAUAAAAGAUCCAACACAAUUGUUUCAUCAAUAUGAAGAUCCAAAGAUAUUUACUGAAAAUAAAGUAGAAAAGCAAAUAAAAUAGAAUAAUUGGGUAGAAUGAUGAUAAAGGAACAUUAUUUUUGAUCAGUAAUUUCGUUCAACACAAUAUUUUCAACAAAUUUACAAAUAUACAUUAAUUUACUACAAUUUAAAAUUUAAAUAAUUUGAUAAUAUUUAUCGAUACAUAAUUAUAAAAUAUCGACAUAUUACGUUGAACGCAAUUACCAAUCUUUUUUUUAAGUUACAGAAAUUAAAUCAAAACUAAAUCGAAUCCGUAUCCAUAGAAAAAUCAUUGCCUGCAUAUAUGAUAUUUUGUAAUAGUUCAAUUUGCAUGUUAAAUUCGUGGUUCAAUUCAACAUUUAAUCAAGUAUGAUGAUACAAUGUAAUUACUAAACAAUGUAGUAUAUUACAAGUAUACUAUUUGUAUGUCUGCACAUUACAAUAUAACAUGCAGAUAUACAGGGUAUACAUUAGCAUGUGCUAUAUUAAUUAUAAAAUAAAAGUUUAGAUAAACUUUGGAAUUCAAACAUUUCUAAGCAGAUUUAAAAUAAUUCGGAAACAUUGGCUACAAAUUUUUAAUACUUUAAUAAAAUGAGUUAUAUAUAGUACUUUAAUAAAAUGAGUUUUUUUUUACAAUAUAGAAACAAGAAAAGAGAUUUAUAUGUAUAUGAUUCUUAUGAUGUACAUUCUCUUUCAUUUUUAAUUGUGAUUUCAAAAGUAAUUACAAUAAUCUAUAUAUUAGAUAAAAAAAAUCUGCAAUGAUUAAUUUUGUACAAAUUUUUUAAUAAACUAAAAAUUUGAUAUCAUUAUUCCAUGAUUGAAUUAUACGAAAUUUAAUAUAGUAAAAUGAUAUUAAUUUGCAAUGAAAUAGUAAUUUCGUUUCUAUAAAAAUUAACAAACAAGAUUUUAUCAUUUUACUGCUUCUUUCUACAAAUUAAUUUCUACAUGUAACUAUAUAUGUAUGUAAAUGUGUAUACAUAACUACCAGCAAAGUAAUCAAAUCUAAGAUAAAAUCUAUUAUUUUAUAUAUUUUAGUUUACUAAAUCCACAUAGUUAAGCAAUUUUUGUUAUAUUAGUGUUCAAUUUUCUACAUAUAAUUUGUGAAAAAUUGUUUAAAUUUACUGAUAUUACUGCUAAAGGAUCUUUUUUUCUUAAUGGGCAUGAAAAAGUAUACAUAUUUCUUUUUUUUAACUAUACAAAAACACAAAAUUUCUAUUUCAAUAAAAACAACUUGAAUUUAUAAAAUAAUGAAAUCAUGACAAAAAAUGUAUCAAACAUUAAAAUAAAAUAAAGUAACAGUCAAUUUUAACAAUAAGACUCAUAUCUUAUGAAAUUUUCAUAAAAUAGUACAAUAAUCAUUACCAUAUAUGUUACUAUAGAGCAACUAUAUUAUUUUUUUGCCAUAUUAUUUUAGAACAUUUUUGCAGUCCAUGAAUAAUAUAAUAAUAGAUAAUAUAUAUAUACACAUAUAUAUA